GCAUGGCUUUGCCUUUGCCUUUCUCAAUAGAGAAGAAUAGAACUAAAAAAAGAAGUGUGUGUAGUUUUUUGGCGGGAUUUCAUCGACUGUGGUUGGCGUCUUAUUUUAAUUAUUCUUAAAUUCGUUAAUAGUGGAUAUUGUGAAAUAAAAUUGGUGUGAUUUUGUGUUACAACUGUCUGCGUAACUGAAGAAUUAGUAGAAUCCUCAAAAUAUACGCUAUUCCGGUCAAGUGGACGUGAGAAUUUUAUUGUAGUAUUGACUACCUCACAGAAGCUUAUCGAAAAGCCAGCUCGAUACAUUUCGUGCCAAACACUUCAAGAAACAUUAGAAUGCGUCACACCGACAUUCUAAUGUAAAAAGAAAAACAGAAUAAUUUAACUUAAGAUUAGGCUGUAUGGGCAUUGUUCCCCUUGCCUUCCCUAAAAAGGGAGAACUUAACAAAAAAAAGUGUGCUAUAAUCUGAAUUAAUCUGUGGUAUGUACUUACUGUUACGUUCGUCUUUUCUGUUUUGAAAUUUUCCUAUUUUACAAUUUACUUGCUAGCUUGUGUCACUAUGAUAGUUUCUACAAAAGCAAAAACCGUAAUACUUUAGCGUUGAUAUUAAAGUUCAUUAGUGCGUAUCACAGAUUGUAGUGUAAUCGAUUGAAGAGCUUGUUUGCUUUCAUUGUGAUUCGUUACGAUGGCUGUGUCCAAAUCUACUAACACGUAUAAUCGACAAAAUUGGGAAGAUUCCGACUUUCCAAUUUUAUGUCAAACAUGUCUUGGAGAUAACCCUUACAUACGAAUGACAAAGGAAAAGUAUGGUAAAGAAUGUAAAAUAUGUGCUCGACCAUUUACUGUGUUUCGCUGGUGCCCUGGGUCAAGGAUGCGUUUCAAGAAAACUGAAAUUUGCCAGACGUGUUCAAAACUCAAAAAUGUUUGCCAAACUUGUCUAUUAGAUCUAGAAUACGGUCUACCUAUUCAAGUGAGAGACGCUGCUCUUAAAAUUCAAGAUGAUCUACCUCGUAAUGAAGUGAAUAAAGAGUACUAUAUCCAAAAUUUAGACAGUCAGAUGUCAAAGUUUGACUCCACACAACCCAGCAAUUCUGCAUUGAAGUCUAAAGGAGCAUCUGACUUGCUGCUACGCUUGGCAAGGACUGCCCCUUAUUAUAAACGAAAUAGACCACAUGUUUGUUCAUUUUGGGUUAAGGGUGAAUGUAGAAGAGGAGAAGAGUGCCCAUACAGACAUGAAAAGCCUACAGACCCAGACGAUCCACUGGCUGAUCAGAAUAUUAAGGACAGAUAUUAUGGUGUCAAUGACCCAGUGGCAGAGAAGUUAAUGAGGCGUGCUGCUGCUAUGCCAGCACUGCCUCCUCCAGAAGACAGAACUGUAACUACACUUUAUAUUGGAAAUCUACCAGACAAUAUCACAGAAGAAGAAUUAAGAGGACAUUUCUACCAAUAUGGUGAAAUAAGGUCUCUUACCUUAGUGCCUAGAGCUCAAUGUGCCUUUGUGCAAUAUACUACUAGGAGUGCGGCUGAACAUGCAGCUGAGAAAACUUUCAAUAGACUAGUAAUUGGAGGCAAGCGGCUUACUAUCAAGUGGGGAAAAUCACAAGGUCGUCAAGGCUUGAAUGAGAAGAGUGAAAUGGCGCCUGCAUUGGAGCCAGUGCCCGGUCUCCCUGGGACAUUGCCACCACCUCCUGCAUUCUUACAUCCAUUCCAGCCACAGAUGCCUCCGCCCCCCAACCGUCCGAACGACUUCUUCAACCUGCAUCACUACGGGCCCCCCGCCGGCUGGGGCCCGUGGCCGCCCGCUGGUGCGCCCCCCGCGCCCCCGCCCCCGGCCCCGAUGACUCUACAUUACCCCAGUCAAGACCCGAGUAGACUGGGAGCUCAUGCUCACGCGAAUGCACCGCAGACAUAGUAGUAUCUACAUGAUUCUUUGGUUCGCCCUCAUAGAUGUCUCCACCCCUUAAACGUAGGUCUGUGUUCAACGUCCGAACGGCUUCAUCAAAUUCCACUACUAUAUAGCCACUCCGCCCCCGACCCCGAUUGCUCUACAUUACCCCAGUCAAGACCCGAAUAGACUAGGAGCUCAUGCUCACGCGAAUGCACCGCAGACAUAGUAGUAUCUACAUAAUUCUUUGGUUCGCCCCCAUAGAUGUCUCCACCCCUUAAAAGUAGGUUUGUGCUCAACAUCCGAACGGCUAUAUCAAUUCCACGACUAUAUAGCCCCCUCCACCCCCAAACCCUGAUGGCCCUACAUAUCCCCAGGCAAAACCUCGUUACCCCCAUAGAUGCCUCCACCCCUGAAAUCUUAAGUGUGCUCCAACCCCUCAUCGAUAUAGAUGACUCAACUGUAUGUGUUUUGCAUGCCAAGAACAUGCAAAAAGCGAGAGUUAUGCUAUUACUUUUAACCCUUCUCUUAUUUCUGUGUGUCACCAUUCUCGAUACCAGGGGUAAAUUAUGUUUUUUAAAAAAUAUCCAAUCAUGCCAUGUUAAGCUGUAAAAACAAUAGAAUUGAAACAGGUGCCCGAGGCCUGUGGUUACCACCACCAAAUUUGUUCUCGCGAGUACUCAAAAAUACAUGAUAGGUUUUCAUACAAUUUGAAGCAUAUACAUCGUCUACUUAGAUCUAGGGCUCUGCUUCACCCCCUAACUGUCCUAACGAAAUCAACCUCCACAAUACAUUACCCGAGUAAAAAUCAGAGUUGAUUUUAGGAACCUGCUGGCAGUCCAUUCUGUUUUUCUAUGGUUCUCUCCCCAAAAAGGUAAGUAUAUAAAUUAUGAUUAACAAACUUAUAUCCAAUUUAAGUUCUAUGGUUGUUCAGCCAUGUACAAAAACAUUGUGUACUAUAGGUUUAUAUAGUUUUAGUUAUUAUAAUGAACAGAUUUUUGUAAGUCUUGUGGAAUACAAAGAUUUGUGUACACUUGUAUCAGGUGAGUUAUUUCUUUUGUGUAAACAUGAUCAUAAAUAAUAUAGUUAGAUAUAAGUAUGAUUUGUAUUGUUGGAUUUAAAGAAUAUGAAAUAAAUUUUGUGAAAUCCUA